UUGAAUAUUGAAGUAUUCAAUCUUCGAAAUCAACAUGCUGUUCAUUGCGCGGAUCCCUCAUCCUCUGGAGCAUGCGGAAACACCCCAUUCUCUCAGAUGGCGGCGAGAUUAGUGGGCCUUGGAGGCUGGGCUAUAUACAAGGGUGUGUUUGCUUGGAAAUUUGUGUCAGUUUUAAAAUUCGAUGAGGAUGUUUUGGAAAUUACUGCUCUCUUUGAAAGAUAAUUCCGUUUGAUCGUUUUGGAUGUUGGAUAAACCCAAUGAAAACUUUUCGGUAUAAUCAAAUCCCUACGGUCUUGUGAAAAAUCGACCAAUUUUUUUGGAAAUGUAAAUUUUCACUUGGUGUGAUGUGAAAUAAUCGGAUAGGUUUUGCGGUAAUUGUGACAGCAGAUUAUCUUGUCGGUGGUAUCAACUGAAAAUAUGUCCUGGGAAAGUGUGAAUAGUAACCAAGAUUAUUUACGAUAUGGAGGAGUUGGACAUCAAUUAUCGGCAACGCGUCUCCUGUCAUCUCCGGAUGGAUCAAGACAUGCCUUGGAUGGACGAGACAUUCCAUGGCCUUGGAACAACUCGUAUUCGAGUCUUCAGAGGGAAAGCUAUAUGGAAGUUCGGACAUCGAGACCUCCGACUCUGGCCUUUGGCUGUUUUAGAUUAUGCAGUAAUAAAAUACAUCAAGGAAUAGCUAGAAGAAAAAUGGAGCAAGGUUUGAAACUGUACAAUCAACAUAAGCAGCAACAAGCUGUCAGAAAAUGGAAAUCUGCUAUCAAGGUGAUAAAAAAACGAGAAGAUAAAUUUGCGCUCCUAGGAUAUUUGUAUCAGGCAUACAUGGACUGGGGUAAAUAUAGGGAUGCCUUAGAAUACGCACAUCAACAGUUGUACAUAUCUGAAGAAUUAGAUAGUGCCAAUUUGAGAGCAGAAUCUUAUUUGAAUUUAGCAAGGUCUCAUCAACGUUUAGGAGGUUUAGAAAGAGCGUUAGCAUACGCACGACAUUCCCUCUACAACGAAUGUGAACAAUGCACUACUUCCGGUCAUGUACACUUGACUGUGGGAUCCGUGUAUCUUGAGCUAGCUGGGUUUCAUAAGGCCUUAGAGAGUAUGCAGCACGCUCACCGAAUCUCUCAAGCGAUACAUGACCCUGCCUUAGAACUGCAAGUUUACAUUGCCCUGUCUGAGCUGUUCAGUCGUCUUCAAGAUGCCGAUAAGAGUGCAAAAUAUGCUUCCAAGGCCUAUGAUCUAUCUAGAUCCCUACAACUAGGUGAUCUGAACUCGAGGCACCAUCGUGCUGCACUUCUUCAGAUGGCCACAUCUUUGAGGAAACAAGGUGAACUGGGCGAUGCUCAAGACUAUUGCUCGGAGGCUAACAGAUUAGCAUUAGUCUCAGGUGAUCAAGCAUCUCAUGCGAGGAGUAUUAGAGUGAUGGGUGAUAUUUACAGAAAGAAAUUUGAAAUUAAUAAAGCCUUCAGACAGUACAAAACAGCGAUGGGAUCUGCUGCAGCCCUUGGUGACAGGGUAAUUCAAAUGGAAUCUAUGGAUGGAGCAGCAAGAUGUUUGGAAGCUUUAAGAUUGCAGCAUAAAAUUUGCAAUUGUAGACCAUUGGAAUUCAACACGAGGCUCUUAGAAGUGGCUAGUUCAGUUGGAGCUAAGAUGCUGGUGAGAACUGUCAGAAAACGACUAUCAAGAAUAUAUGCUUCCCUAGGUGAUGAGGAACAGAAAAUACAUCAUGAGAGAGUGGCAUCUAGGAUACAAAUUGACCUGGAACUGAUUUGUGGUGCCUGCGGAGAAUCUUAUGGUUACGAGCCGGAUGCAUUAGAAGCUUUGCCUUGUGCUCAUGUAUUGCAUGCUAGAUGUGCCUACGAACUGUUCAGAAGGGGAAAGAAAAAAAAACAAUCUUGUCCAGAAUGUGACCGAACUAGCUCAAGAUUAUACCUCAAUAGUAUAGAUCACACUUACAAUUAUAGUCCCAUACCAUUAUCUGUAUGCUCAUCUGACUGCCCUUCUCAACACGCCACCAGUUCUGUAUAACAGUUGUUUAUAAAAUAAAAUGUACAGAAUGUUAUAAUUUAAGGUAUAGUAUCAAGAUUUUCACCUCAUCUUUCUCUUCAAAUGAAAUUAAUGGAAAUCUACUGCACACCUGUCUGAAAAAUUAACGAAUAAUAAUCUAUUGUCUCUUUCACUUCUAGUGUUGAUCAAGAAUGUUAUACCUAUGAAAGUUAUUUAUUGAUGAAACGAUGAAAUAAAAUAUGACCACAU